CGAAAGCCACAAUUCCCCUUACGAGGCUCCCACCCGUGACUCGAUGAUCCGUCGGGUUACCCCCGCAUACUCUUGAUCAAGCCAUAAGCAGUCUCACCUCUGCGCAAGACGCGCAGCACACCCCUAGGAUGCCACUUACCAGUACCUACCAGGACCAACAUUCCAUCUAGCCUAUCUCCAGCCUUUCUACUCCCAGUCUUACUACCUGCACAUAUCCAGGACAUCAUGUCGUCCUUCUUCCCAACAGCCGAGUACGCCGAGGACCAACCGCUCGCGCGCUCCAUCCUCACAACCCACGUUCUCAUCCGCGGCUUCCAACUCGGCAGUACAAUCGGCCUCUUAAACGGCGGUGCCGCCUACCUCAUCAAGCGUCGCUCUCUCACCGCGCCCAUCCUCCUUCGCUCGGCGGGUACCGGCGCCGUCAUCGGCACUGGACUCGCGGGGGUGGGACUCGUUGCGCGGAUGUGGGGUCGUGACGAGAUCGAGUGGAAAGAUCGCAGUUGGCGUCUACGAUAUAAUACGGGUCAGGUUGCUGUUGAUAACUGGGGGGAACCCGGUGCGGCGCUUGGAGCAGUCGUUGUUGCGGCGAGGGGGUGGGCUGGUCCGGCGCCUGGAAGCUGGAGGGCGGUUUUGGGGGGUGCCGGGGUUGGUUCGUUAGUUGGAAUCGUUGGGUGUAUGUGUAUGAAAAGUCUUUUGCCGGCGCAGGAUGGGAAACAUGUUGAUGGGAAAUUGUAAAGUUAGUGGGAUCUGGGGUCGAUAGCGAGUAUUCUGAUAUUAACAUCUAUCAUAUCUCCUAGGGAUGAAUACAUCCUCAUGAAAAUUGAGGCUCUUGCCAUCAUUCUUUAUGAUGUCCUUCUUGAUAUCCUUCCGCCAGUAAAUUGUAUAGCAGACCAUAAAUGAUUGUAGCUGAUCAAGGCAAGUAGAGGAACUCUGCAGAUCACUCCCAGCCAUGGCGUUCAAGC